AUGUAUGACAGGGGUUGGAAAGGUGUAGGGGGAAGUCACGUAAGAAAGGGAUACACUGAUAAGGGUCAUAGUUGACGGGGUAGCACUAGUAUAACAGGGGAGUCACAUUGACAAGUCAAAAGGGAUAGUCACUAGUAACGUUGGUGAAGACACAGACAAUCACCAUCUCAGACGUGUCUAACUCCCUGCGAGGAGACGUCUCUAACAAGGAGGCCCCCGUCGUGCACACUGAGACCAAGACCAUUACCUAUGAGUCAGUGCAGGUGAGAGGGGAUGAUUAGUUAUUAAAUAAAACCAUUUAUUAACCCAGUGAGUUUGUGUUAACAGUGAACUGAGUUGUAUUCAUAAGGAUACCCAACAGAAAAAACGUUUUUAAAACAUCUUGCAACGGAAAAUGAAAACAAGCGUUUCUUACUGGACAAGUCCUGGUAUUCCCUCCCUGUUUCAGUGUGUUUUCUUCCUUUUGGUGCUUAAUGAACUUGAUCCUGUUGUCUUUCUCACAGCCGGUAGACAAUGCAGUCCUAAAUGAACCCAUUUUCUCCGCCUUUGAGUUAACAUAGUGUCUCCUUCAGCCCAUAGACAGCGUGGCAGAGAGGGACUCUGGAGUGCUGCUGAGUGCCCAGACCAUCACCUCAGAGACAGUCAGUACAACCACCACCACUCAGAUCACAAAGGUACGUUCUGGGCUUCCUGACCUAGGAUCAGUUUGACCUUUUAGAUGUUAACAUUUUAGUAAUUUAGCGUAGUGGUUCCUAACAUAUUUUGCUUCGUGA